AGUGAUUUAAUUUAUGCUUUUAUACGCCGUGAUAAAGUUAAUAGGAUCAUAAAACGUAAUUAGUUCGCAGUCAACCAAAUAACAAUUUGAUUAUUGCCGCGCAAACCGAGAACUCUACAUGUUGUACUAAACAUUUAAUUUAGAUUCCAAUUUUAAAAUGGUCAAAAAGAAACACAUCUGAAGCUCGUACAGUUUUCGAAAAUGGAAGGUUACUUUUACAUUGUGGCUCUGUUCUCUUCGUUCGAAUUUGUCCAAAGCAAAAUGGAACCGUUCGUGGUUGGUGGGGAGUACGCGCAAAUACAACAAUACCCGCACUCGGUGUUUCUCGACAUCACGUGUCAAGAUACGUUCAUUUGCGGGGGUUCUCUUAUCACACAACAGCUGGCACUGACUGCGGCCCAUUGUAUAUCAUCGUGCAAGAGCAGUCGUGGCGAUCACGUCACACUGAAAUACGGCCAUGAGUAUUUAGAGCAAAUGAAAUCGGCAGUGGUGGGGAAGUAUGUGAAGCAUCGUUAUUUCGACGAUGAUACGUUGGAAUACGAUAUCGCGAUGGUGCUGUCGAAGACGGUGGUGCCGCUAGGUAAAUUCGUGAAGCGGGUAGCCAUUUUACCUAAGAAUCCGAAACAACCGUUGGCGGGGUAUAUGGCUGGCUGGGGAGUGAUUAAUUCCCAAGAAGAAGAAUCAAUGGCUCUAAAGUCUACAAUUCAGAAAUUUCAACCGAGUGAUGUAUGCAGUCUUUUGGGGCCUUUACCAGAAGGUACAUUUUGUGCAGGACCCAUUAAGGGACAGGGAGCUCCCGAUCAGGGCGACUCAGGAAGUGCAUUCGUGAUAAGAGGCUACAUUCAACUGGGAAUAGUCUCAUAUAAGAACCCGAAGUACAGCCUGGUCGUGUACACCAACACCACAUAUCAUUAUGAAUGGAUAGAGCAAGCUGCUAACAAGUUAAAUUGUUGAAAAA